AUGGAUGAAAUGGCGGCGAGUAGAGGAAGCAUUAUGUGUGUCGGAGAGUGCAUCGGUGCAGCCGCGGCCGGCGGCCGGCGGCAGACGGAGGUGGCACCGGAGGUCGGUUACUCAGGUUGUGAGAAUUGUGAGUGUGUGUUGGUGAGCGAGAAAGAGUUGAUUGAGGGAAUGGUGGAUGAAGCCAAAAAGUGCCUCUUGAAUAAUUCCAGGUACGUGUUUAGAAAAUUCUUCUCUAUUGAAUCCAAUCCAUCGAUCCGCAACAAUUUCCCCAAACCCCAAUUCUCAUCACCUCUCGACAAAACCGAGGAGGAUCAGAGGCGGCUGCCGCUCGUCUUACGCCUUCGAGUACACGAGGGCGACGCUGCCCUUUGGAACCCGUCAACGGACGAGUUCAAGCCGCUUCCUCCGACCUCCAUCCGACGACAUCCAGAUGCUGAGGAUUUCGACUUCUACUGUUCUGGUUUUGGGUUUGAUCCUUUUUCUCAAGAUUUCAAGGUUGUAAGAUUUGUUGAUAAUGUCUUUGAAAAGGACCGUACUUGUCAUGCCGAGCUGUACUCGCUCAAGUCCGAUUCUUGGGAGGAUAUAACCAACCCUAUUCUUCACCUCCUCACGCCAUGGCACGAUCCUUGUGCUUAUGUGGAAUCGAGUCUGCCACUGGACGGCGAGUCCUCCAAACUGCAUAGACGAAAUCCUUUCCUUUGA